GAGCGUUACGCGUCACUGGAGCAAACCAUUUGGUUGCUAGGACUCGGGGUAACGUGCUGUGUAAAGAGGGGUUUCGUGCAUAUUUGCCUUAACCAAUGAUGACGUCCCAGCCACCGCCACAGCAAAGAGAGCCAUUGGUGAACAGCGUACAUAAAGGAAGAUUCCCUGACAAGGCGAAUAUCAACAAAGUUGGCCUGCAUGACAGGGCCCAGUGGGCCAGCAAGGGCGAGUUCCUUCUGUCCGUGGCGGGCCAGAUCAUUGGCUUGGGCAACGUGUGGAGGUUCCCAUACUUGUGCUACAAGAAUGGAGGAGGUGUGUUCUUUGUACCUUACCUUUUGUUCCUGGUGCUAUGCGGUAUCCCCCUGUUCCUCCUGGAGACUUCACUGGGCCAGUACACGAGCCUGGGCGGGGUCAGUGCCUGGACAAGCAUGUGCCCAAUAUUUGGAGGUCUAGGCUAUGCUAGCCAGAUGAUGAUCCUGCAUGGAUGUGUGUACUACAUUGUCAUACUGGCCUGGGCUCUCUUCUACCUGUCUUCCAGCUUUCAGGCAGAACUUCCCUGGUCGCACUGUAACAACUCGUGGAACACUGAGGCUUGUUUUAUGUUUGAUCAUCACAACCAGGCAUCCAAUGGGAGCAACCUACCGGAAAACGUCACGUCCCCUGUUAUGGAGUUUUGGGAGCGAGAAGUGCUACAUCUGCCUGAUAGCUUAGACAAUCUUGGUCCAAUUAGCUGGAAGUUGGCAUUGUGUCUUGCUAUUGUCUGGCUCGUCUGUUACUUCUGCGUGUGGAAGGGCAUUAAGUCCUCAGGAAAGGUGGUGUAUGUCACAGCCACCUUUCCAUAUGUGAUGCUCUUUGUGCUGCUGGUGCGUGGCGCCACCCUGCCUGGAGCAACCCAGGGAAUAAUCUACUACCUCAAACCCAACCACACUCGCUUGGCAGACCCGCAGGUAUGGAUGGAUGCAGGUACCCAGAUCUUUUUCUCUUUUGGAAUCUGUUUGGGGAGUCUCACAGCCCUUGGCAGUUACAACAAAUACAACAAUGACUGUUACAAAGAUUCGUACCUUCUGUGCCUCCUGAACAGUAGCACCAGUUUCUUGGCAGGGUUUGCCAUCUUCUCAGUGCUAGGCUUCAUGGCGGAGGAGCAAGGAGUGGACAUCGCCACUGUGGCUCAAUCAGGACCAGGCCUGGCCUUCAUCGCCUUCCCCAGAGCUGUUGCCAUGAUGCCUCUUCCCCAACUCUGGGCCAUCUGCUUCUUCCUCAUGAUCAUCAUGUUGGGGCUGGACACACAAUUUGUAAGUCUGGAGGCGCUGAUGACAUCUGUGACCGACUUGUACCCCCAUCUGAUCAGACGCGGCUACCGCAGAGAGCUGCUGCUGCUGUUUAUAUGUGUCGUAUGCUUCUUGAUCGGGUUGAUCAUGGUGACGCCGGGUGGUCUGUAUGUGUUCCAGGUAUAUGAUCAUUUCUCCUGCAGUGGAGCCAGCCUGCUGCUUCUCUCCAUCUUCCAGUCUAUUGCAAUUGGCUGGAUCUAUGGUGCUGAGCGCUUUUGUUCAAACAUCAAGGACAUGACAGGCCACAACCCCCUACUGCUCUUCAAGCUGUGCUGGAAAUACCUGACGCCAGCCGUGUGCACUGCUACCUUCCUGUUCUCCCUGGUCUGUUGGUCUCCAUUGCACUUGGGGAAAGGCCUGGUUGCUCCAGGUUGGGCAAGAGCACUAGGCUGGCUCCUCACCCUGUCCUCUGUGUCUCUGCUUCCAAUCUGGGCCAUCUAUGCACUCGCCAUUACGCCUGGCACUCUCACACAGCGCUUUUGCUAUCUGUGCAACCCCACCGUAAACUUGCCACAAGCCUUUCAACGCUGUCCUGACAACUCGACCACAUACAGCGUUGCACUCCCUCUCAGCGACAAGCCAAAGGAAACAAUCGGCGACAUCAUCUGAGACCAUGUGGCUUAGCGGCGCUACAUGAUGCACUGACGCCAUGUCGAUGUCAUUCAAGAGGGUGGAGUUGGUUUGAAUCUGAGACUGCAAAAGCUUUGCCCACCCAGCAAAUACAGUUCUAGUCAGUUUUUUUUACAGUCGAAUGAUUAUUAUUCUUUCUUAAUGAUGCAUUUUGGGGGGGAUUCUCAUUGUUAAAAGUUUUAAAGGGUACCAAAAUAACUAAUAUCGCUUCUGUGCAACAAAAAAAGCCUUUUGUGUUUCCUGAUAAGGGCAUGACAGAGGAUGUGAGGAUAUAUCACUGUACUGUGUCAUUUACCCCCCUUUGUUGAAUUAAUCAGUGGCUAACAUACUCUGGUACUGGUAUAAUUUACAUAGCACAAUGCAGCAAUUGCUAUACUGCUUAAAAGCUCAGCCUUGGAGAAGCAGAUCACUUAUUUUGGGACAUACGAACAAAACAUCACUUUGGGUUGGGUUUUUUUCUUUGACUCUGUCAGAGCUUGUCAUUUGGGUAAGUUGUACAAAUUUGGUUUUGAAGUGGGAUGUUAUGCUGCCAACAAAUGCCUGACGUUACACAUCAAUAGUCACCUGACUGCCAUGAAUGUUCCCUUCUGUGAAGGCAUCAUCUUUCAUGUUAAAGGGAAGGCCUCAAAUUUUGACUCCCAUUAUAUCUUAUACCAACUAAGCCGCUCUGUGAGAACAUUCUUUUAGACGCAAUUUUAAUGAAUAUAUAGCCAAGAACUUUUUCAACCUGCUUUAUUUGGACUUUGUUCCUGCUUCGAAUUGUUUACAUGGCAACAAGUUGUGCUAUAGGUUUUAAAUCAGCCAAACUCAUUUGACAAAGUAUCAAGUGAUUUUACCCACGACUUCCUUUUUUUUAGUCACUUUGACUCACAUGUUCAAGUUGUAUGUGCAGUUUCUGCAAAUCAAAAAUACGAACCUGUGAAUCCUGCUAUCAGUAUGAUUGAUGUGACACCUUAAUCGAAAAAAUAACUCACCACUCCAAUGACAUGAAAGCUGUUGUUUUCGUAUGUGUGACGGAUAUACUGAUGGAUUUUUUAUAUUAUUGUAUUCCAAAAAAAGGUUCCUGAUACUUCUCAUAUUCAACUGUUUUGUUAUAGUCUAUAAGCACAGAGAAAUUACAAUUACCGUACUCUGACUAGAAUGUUUAAAUUGCCAUGACUUUACAGUACUUGAGACUCAAUAUGUCAAAAUGUGUGAAUGUGUAUUGUACAUCUGUUUAAAUGGGCAAUAAUUCCUGAACCAUUGUGAUGAGAUGUUUCAGUACUACAACACUGAAAUCAGGUGCGCACGUGUGUGAGAGAGAGAGAGAGCGAAAUGUUUUUUUUGCAGCGCUUCAUUAUUUCUAUAAAGUAAAUCAAUAAAUACACUAUGCAUUGUGAACUAAA